AUGGAUGAAAUUGAGGGAAAUGAAGAAAAGAACAGCGUUAAAGGAUUAUCACUUACAAUAUACACAACAAAAACAAAGACGACAAUAACCAUAACAAUAGCAAUAACAUUAACAAAUAGCAACAACAACAAAACAACAAUAACGAUAAUAAAAACAACAACAACGACAACAACAACAACAACAACAACAACAACAACAACAACAACAACAACAACAACAACAACAACAACAACAACAACAACAACAACAACAACAACAACAACGAACAACAACAACAACGACAACAACAACAACGACAACAAUAACGACAACAAUAACGACAACAACAACGACAACAACAACGACAACAACAACAACAAAAUCACAAGAGCGUGA